UCAAGUUUUGCUAAAGCAAUCAUUUCGUUAUUAUUGAUUGUUUUUAUUUAAUAUUAUAAAUCGCCACCAUGCCGACGCAAGUAGAACAGAAAACUGUGGACCCUGAAGCAGAACUUAGCAAUGUUCAGCGAAUGUUUCAAAAGCUGGCACCGAUGUGCAGCGUGGAGAAGCGAGCAGGCGACAUACCACAGCUCGCCCCACAAGAGAAGCAGUUAGGUAUCCUUGCCACCGAGUUGAAGGAGACCCUUCUUUGUAUUAAUCUCGCCAGAAAAGGACAGCAUGCGCUUCGCGACAACCUGACGAAGCAUGGUACACGCAAGUCCAUCGUGGAGUACGAGCAUUUGGAAGCCGAGUUGCGGGACGAGAGGGCCCAGCAGGCUGAGCUGGACUGCCUCAACUACCUGGCUCAGAAACAGAUGACAGAGUUCAUGAAAAAAGUGCCCACUGAAGCCGAUGAGUUAGCGAUGAUUGAAAAUGCGAGCAACCGACUUCGACGCAUGGAGAAUCGUCUUGAUUUAGCUACGAAACGUUUCUGUGGUAUCAACACAGACAACAAACGUGUUCGAGAAGAGAUUGAUCGUCUACUUGUUGAGAGGAAUGAUUUCAAUAUCCAAUGGAACAGAACUAUUGGCAAGCUGGUGAAGGGCAAGGAAUACCUUAUGGACAUAUUUGAGAUCGCAGCCAACUCAUUCGGGGACCGGGACGAGUGCUGCAGGAUGCUGGAAGCUUUGAAGUGGAAGGGAUUGUUUCAGCUCAAUAGGGAUAUAUCGGAGAUGCAAUCGUACGAAGGAGAGUUAAACCAUCUAGCUAAACUGGAAGAAUUCCUACGAGUCAAAGGGUCCAGACGGAUCUGCGAGGCGGAUGAGAAGGAAGAGAUAAAACGCCAAGAGGAGAUACAGAGAUGUGAGCAGGAGAUCGCUCGUCAUGACGCGCUGUUAGAAGAUAUAUUUGGUUACGCAGGCUCGGACAGAAUAACAACGAUAAUAAAAAACUUCAGCGCCAGCGAGAUUCAUAAUUUCUCGAUUUUCGAACUCCUUUGUCAAGUACUACAAGAGUCUAUCAUCAUGAGACGAGAUCUUGAGAUUCUGCGGCAGCGGAUAAUGGACCAACGCGACAUAAACGAGGCUCGCGAGGAGAAGCAGGACAAACGUCUCGCUGAACUUAAGGUGGAACUGGAGACGAAGAGGCAAAGAACACAGCAUAUGAUGGAGUUGAACCACAGUGCUGACGCAACGAUUCAAAAAGUGCUCAAAGGAAUUGAUGAUCUUGUCAGAUUGGCAAAAUGUGACGUCGCACCACUGCUGUCGCUCCUGGGCAACCACAAGGAAGUGACGAAGUGGAAUGUCCGCAAAUUCCUCAGGAUCCUUGAAUCCGACGUCAAGAGUCUAAUUGAGGUGGCCUACGGAGCAGUAAAGCCUCCGGCUCCCACUCCGAAAGCUAGAGCAAAAGGCCCUGCGGCGCCACCUCCUGCGAAACUUGUCGCUGAUCCAUAUGUUGAAUCCUUGAGACCCAACAGGAUUGAGAAACUGGUGCCGUACCAACCGUGUGCUUAUUGCGUCGAGGAUUACAUAAUGAACUUAGUUUUUGAGACACCAGCUAUUCCAGCUGAUAAGGAAUACAUAGAAGGUAUAUUCCAUUUGGAAGACGUUAACACAAAAUUUGGAAUUUACACGCUCACUAUCCCUGCAAAGCGUCACCCGUACAGAGGAUCCAAAAAAGAUUGAAGCAAGCUAUAAGUUCACCGUUAAUGAUUUUAUUUAUUUUUGUCUUAAACAAAUUCCUUUUAUUUA